AUGUCGGAUUUCUUUCGUUUAGCUGACAAGUUCAAAGACAAGCUAGGGAUAUCUCAUGGUUACGCUCAGCAGCAACAAGGAGGACACCCUGGCAGCGUGCCAUAUGGGCAAGGAUCUGGAACUGGGCAUCCAUACCAAGGCUCUAGCACACCAUACAACCCACAUGGACAUCCACCCUCAAACUACGGCAUGCAGCCACCGUGGGACUAUUCUUCUCACGCGCCAAGUUUUCCUGCAGCUCCUAGUCCAUGUCUUCCUCAACCUCAUAGCAAUGCAUACGGAACUCCUCAAUCCUGGCCUUCUGGGCCUCCUCCUAUUCCACCAAGGACGGCGCCGCCCACGGUACCGGCUAGGCCCGAGGAGUUUGCUCCCCGAGAUAGCGAGUCCGCGCCAAUGUCAAACCAGAGCCAGGCUGGUGUAAUCUACGCGCCAGGCACAUAUCCCACUCCGGAGCUUUUUGGUUUUCCUUUUGGCAAACACGCCAUAUUGAACUCCCCAGAAUAUGGUUUCACGGCCAGGAGUAUUCAACAAAAGCUCGACGAGCUGGGUCCGAACUCGACAUUGUAUCUUCCACGAGGAUCCAGGUGGGAGGUUGAAUCUAUGAUUUCAAUGUACCCAUUUCAAGAACUUGCCACUGAGGGCUAUCCGACGGCUGAACAAGAUAUGGCCUGGCUUGAGGCUAAAGAAGAAUGCCAUGGUCAUCUAAUCAACGCGUUUAGUAAAUCCGGCAUUCGCAUACGCAAUAUCUUAGUCGAGGGCAACCGCGAAAAGUUUGGACACGAUCCAGACGGCAAAUGUAUGAUUAUACUUGGGGAUGCAAACACUUGUAAUCAGGUGGUCGAUAGAUGUAUUCUUCGCAACCCCAGACACUGGUCGUGCCUGCAAGCGUUCGAAGGAAGCACUAACAUUCGCAUCACCAAUAAUUUUAUCGGUCCCGCGGGUUAUGGCGCUGACGUAGAGGACGGUAAAUGGGCCGAUGGAAUUAGUUUCUCUGCUAGUGAUGGACUGGUUGCGGGAAACCAGAUUUUGGAUGCUACUGAUGGUGCUAUAGUGAUUUUCGGCGCGCCGGGCUCGUUGAUUACUAGCAAUACCGUCAUAAACAGACAUAGAUUAUGUUUGGGGGGCUUGAACAUGGUUGAUUACAAUCCGCACAAGGGGAAUUAUAAAUUUACCCGGGUAAUCAACAACACUGUGCGAACUGAGGGCGCAUACAUCAAGGUUGGAGUAGGCAUGGGACCUAGUAUUCUUGGCAAGGCAAAUGAAGACAGCAUUGAGGAGGGUGGUAUUGUUAUGCGCAAUCUUAUCGAGUCCAGGGAUAUAGGGCAUGGCAAAGGAGGUCUGGGCUAUGGCUAUGCAGUUGGGUCUGAUACUGCCAAUUGGACUUGCAUUGAAAACGUAUCUGCACCGGGCGUUGAGUAUUUUGGGGACAUCUCUGAAUCGUUGCCCGAACUCAUUGCAUCUCCGACGGCAUUUGUUCGAGAUGGACCGGCUGAGGCUCGAGGUAAUCUUCAGUCAGAAUUUGUACCAGGCCAUAUCGAAUGUCUCUUUCGGAUAAAGCCAGGUCCCUCCACGGUACUUGGCUGGAGCCCUGGUCAAUUACACCUUGCACUUGGAUCACACGUCAAACUAAGAUCAACUCGCUUAUGCCUUGAACGUGGCGGGGAAGUGUGCGUACGGGAACACCGCCAUCAUCAGGAUGGGCGAACACUUUGGACAGGAGGAAGCCAUUUGGUUCACCAAGACCAUGCCGCCGCACUUGUCUUUGCGCCAGGAGGUAAACUUAUGAUUGUGGACACCAACACGCAUACAACCCUGCACGAUUUUACACCUCACAUUCGCGUACCUGACCAACCCGACUCGGAAGAUGCGCAUUCACUUGUACUAUCCGAGGUUCCCAACCGACCCGUGGUAUCAAUUACGAGCCCAGCACCUCAUGCAAAUACGCUAUUCAUGUCUUCUUACAUUGAAAAAUGUGGUCGAGAAUUUGGGACCAACCAGUUUAUAGCGCGGCAUAUAGGCAACGGGAGGGGUACCCUCGUAUACGUAUUUAGCCCAUAUACGCAAAUAUUGGUCCUGCGAACACGGCACGACGGGCCAAUUCGGACCCCGCUCGAGUGGCCCUUGGAUCAGAACGAAUGGAUUGUGGAGUGGAGUUCACCCAACGAGCCGAGCGCGGAGCCCGUGCUGGACGCUAAGCUCGCUUGGCAAGGCGAUGGGAAUUUGGUCAUUUACGCAAGUGGGGGUGUGCCUUGGGCAAGUGGUUCACACGGGAAGCGCGCGACGCUUUUACGCUGGGGGUUAGGAACUCCAGAGGAACCGUAUCUAGAAAUCGUAGACGACGAUGGGAACCGUGUUUGGAGCACCUGA